AUGAGCAGCGGUGUUCUUUUCCGGUUAUGUGCUUCUCCGUCACGCCAUGCCUCUUGCCUUGUGCUCGUCUCCAUCAUGCUCUGCAACUCUAGUCGUCAUCGUCAGCUCAUCUCCAGUCUGUCUAUUGCUUUACAACGUUUAUUAUCCGCCACAUUUCCAUUGAUCUCAUUAUUUUAUUCUCUCAACUCACUUGAAACCUCCAAGCAGAAGGUAUCCUCCUCCACAAUUGAAAUCACCAUGAAGCUCAUAUCCACAGUAAUCGAAUCUUUAAGCCACUGUGAGAGCGUUGUCCAAGUCAUCUUUUCCGCCGCUGUGCUCUUCUCCUCUUCGGCGACCGCCAGUGAACCACACCGGAGCUCAUUCCCGGUGUUUAUGGUUGAUACAUUUCAUACGAUAUUGAAUGAUGUACACAUGUACGCCACCAAACUUUAA